GGGUACAUUUCCCGCUCACUGAGGUUCAGUCUGUGCAGCCCGGCAGCUCCACGUUCUCCACCAGGCCUCAGACCAGACCAGACCAGCAGAGCAGCAGGGCAGCAGGAUGACUGUUGAAAUUCACAGAGACACCGUGGAGCUGGAGCAGCAAAACACGGAGGACCGAGUGGAGAGGAGAGACGGCGUACUUCGCUCCUUGCUCCGCGGCCUCUUCUGGCCUUUUGGCAUCGUGGUGCGUGCCUACCACGGGUUCUGGUGGGUCAUCGGCUUCCGGCAGCCAAAGCCGAGUGUCGCCGUUAACCCCGAGGUUACCAGUCCCGCACGUCAGAGCCUCGCCGGCCGCAAGCGCCUGCACCGGGUCACACGCCUGCUGCUGUCGGUUCUGCCCCGCUGGGUGCAGGGCGCACUGGGUUACCCGGUCUCCAACAGCAUCGGGCUCUCCCUCUCCCCAGAAAUCAGAGUCUCUCCUACCAAACCAUGUGGAAAGGGCAGCAAGAGGAAGCAGGAUGAGUUGGAUGAGGACGAGGAAGAAGAGCAUCAGACCUGGGUGGAGGCACUAAAUCAGGAGCUUGCUGAUGAUGAGGACCCUGAGGAGGAUCCAGACUAUGAGCCCAGUAGUGUAGAGACGGAGAGUGAAGAGUACCGCUCGCACAAUAAUACAGAGAGUGACAUUGAAGUUCAAGAGAAGGGAGUGGUCAUUAUUCAAGAUGUAAACGUGGAUAUUGACCCUUCAGCUCCUGUUCAAGUUGCUUGUCCUGCUGUUUAAUGUUUGACUGUUAUAUAUUUGGAGUGUUUUGUAUGUUUAUGUUAACAAUAAAACAAUUUGCCUUGCCAUUGCUGUAGCCUCCCACUAGAUGGCAGUAAAGAUGCAUCUACUAAAGAGCUGGGACAUGUAAUGUAGUUAAUGGGGGAAACUAUGUCUCCUUAGGUUUUAAAUGUUGUAUAGCAGGAUUCAGGCUUUGAAAUGUGCUCACCUCUGCCACAAAGAAUAAAGUGGGUCACACAGCCCUUAAUGUAAA